AUGUUGACUCUAAUUGGACUCCUUGGCCUAGUUGGCACUGCUGCUGCCACCACCACCCCGACCGUCACCGUCUCGUCAGGUCCGGUUGUUGGAACCAUCUCUCCUCCCAAUGUACCCUCUGGGGAUCCAUAUGCCAAUGUCUGGUUGGGAAUCCCUUAUGCAAAGCCUCCUGUAGACGAACUGCGUUGGAGACCCCCGGAGGAGCCAGGGUCAUGGAAAGAACCACUUCUAGCACAGAAGCUGCCGAAUGCCUGCCAUCAGCAAUUUAGUGGCCCAAAACCAGGCCGCGACUUCCUCGAAGGUCUUAUUAACAGUCCUCCGCUAGAGGAAAACGAGGAUUGUUUAUAUCUGAAUGUAUACGCGCCUGCGGAUGCGUCUUCUCAGAACAAAAAGGCGGUUAUGUUCUACAUUCAUGGUGGAAACCUUCAAACUGGCUCGGCCUCUGCUGCCAACUACAAUGGCACCUCUCUGGCUGUCAAUCAUGAUAUCAUCCUGGUGACCAUCAACUAUCGGACCAACAUCUUUGGUUUCAUUGAGGCUUCUUCACUUGACAAGGAGGAUCGAAAUCCCGGAUUUGUUGACCAGCGACUUGCCCUCAACUGGACGUAUGAUAACAUCGAGCAGUUUGGCGGUGAUCGCAACAAGAUCACCAUUUUCGGGGAGUCUGCCGGUGGCUAUUCGAUCAAGCAACUGCUGGCAAACCCCCCGGGCCCUCCUGGGCAACCUCCCUUCCGAGCUGCGAUUAUGCAGUCGCAGCAGGCAAUGUUUCUCGGGAAAGCGCUGAGAAAUGAUUAUAUGGUAGUCCGAGAACGGCUCGGGUGUCAUACACUCGAGUGCAUGAGAGGCAAAUCAGCAGCAGAUAUCAUGGAGUUGGCCAAUAACGGCACGUAUCUGGGCACACCCCUAUUUUUUGCUCCAACCAGCGGGUCUGGCAAUUCACUCAAUGACGUCCGUCCCACCCUCAGAAAAGGAAGAUUUGCCGAUGUUCCUGUCAUGUACGGCACGAAUAAAAACGAGGGCAGCAUUUUUGCCCAUGUUCGAAGACUCAAUACGGCGAAGGAAGCUGAAAAAAGGGCUCUACCCCCUCAGCAGGUGUUGGUAGAUGACGUUCAGUCUUCGGAUGCCGAAACCAACAUGCUUCCGCUAUGUUCAAAAUUGUCCACGAGAUGGUGUUUCUUAAACUGGAGCAAGUGGAUGACCGGAGUUCCAUUUACUUGCCCGACGUCAGAACUAGCCAGGUUUACCGCAAAGCACCACCGCAAGGUGUGGCGGUACAGGUACUCGCCAGAGUUCGACAACCUGACACCCUACGACGAUGCAGGCGCAUACCAUGGCGCGGAACUGCCCCAGGUUUUUGGAACCUACAACGCUACAACUGCUACCAAGGACCAGAUUGCGCUGAGUGCCUUCAUGCAGAAGACGUGGACUGAUUUCGCCAAGGACCCAGAAAAUGGUCCUGGUUGGCCCUCGCUCAAUGAAGACUCGAAAUUGGCCGAUUUUGGGAAUGAUGAGAAUCCUCAAGGCAUUACUUUGAUCGAAGCAAAAGACGCGGAUGAGAAUUGUGGCGCCUGGUUCCAAGAAUCAAAAGCUUAUGGUCUUGCCUGGUGA